UAGACAACUGACAUCUGACAUAUAAACAUAACCUAACUUAAUUCUAACAAAAGCGUAAUUUUUAGCAUCUAUAUUUUUAGAGAAUUAAGUACUAAACGGUGUUGUAUCAAUAAAUAUAAUUAAAUAAUGGCCCGAAACGCGGAAAAGGCAAUGACAACAUUGGCCAGAUGGAGGGCGGCCCAAUUGGGGGAAAUCGACAAGCACAAGAAGCGCCGUCCGUAUUUGGCCUCCGAAUGCAAGAGCCUGUACGCCUGCGAGAAAUGGCGCAUGCAGAUAAUCAGAGAAAUAGCGAAAAAAGUGGCCCAAAUCCAGAACGCCGGACUGGGCGAGUUCCGCAUACGCGAUCUAAACGACGAAAUCAACAAACUCCUGCGCGAGAAGCGCCAUUGGGAGGACCAAAUUAAGGAAUUGGGGGGGCCCGAUUACCAGCGCGUCGGGCCCCGGAUGCUCGACCACGAGGGCAAAGAGGUGCCCGGCAACAGGGGCUACAAAUACUUCGGGGCCGCCAAGGAAUUGCCAGGCGUCCGAGAGCUGUUCGAACAGGAACCGCCGCCUCCGCCUCGAAAGAGCCGAGCCGAACUGAUGAAGGACAUCGAUGCCGAUUACUACGGUUACAUGGACGACGACGACGGGAUUUUGAUACCGUUGGAGAUCAAAGCUGAAAAAAUCGCCGUCCAAAACGCCAUCACCGAAUGGGUGAACAACAAAGAGAAGAACCUCGACUCGAGCAAAACCAUCGAAGAGAGCAUCUACGCGGUGGAGGAUUCCGACGAGGAGGAGACCGUCGAACGAUUCGACGGUUCCCAACAGCGGUUCGUCGCCCACGUACCGGUACCCUCUCAACAGGACAUCGAACAGGCCCUGUUGAGGCGCAGGAAGCAGGAAUUGAUGGAGAAAUACGGCGUACAAGACGAACAAGAUGUCUAAUAUUAACAUUGCAUUAAAGUAUUUUUUUUUAUUACCUGCCUUAUUCGGGUUUCAGUAUUCCCCUGCAGAUUAACGUGAAUUCCAAUACGGUAUCCGAUACUU